UUCUCAGACGCACACGUUCAUGUCAUUUCAUGAUUACCGUCUGCGUCAACGUCUACAUCAAUUCUUUGGCCCAUUGCUCAGCGCUCAGGAUGGAGUCAACUCCGCGUGGAUCAUAAUGUUUUGUCUCUCGGCCUCUCCUGAUUCGAAUCGGAAAACCUUGCGGAAAUGGAACUUCUAACACUGAGUGGUUCGAGAUUCCAUCGUAGAGAUGCCAAAGAAGAAAAAUCUGAAACCUAACUGGUCCUCAAGCGGUGUCCUUCUAGCUCCUGAUUCGACCCCUGAUUCUCUGCAUCGUCAAAUCACUGAAUUCAUUCGUUGACGGAUUGGCACUUUUCAAACAUUCACAGCCGGCCUUCCCCUCAAUCGAGAUAUAAAAGCGGCCUUCAUUGAACAUCAAAGAUACCAUUGAUCAAGACACCAUGCCUAAAACCCCCGCCUUCACUCCCAAGCAACCCAUCGAAAAGUUGCCUUUGGCCGUUCGUAAAGACGUCCGUGACAACUACGAAGCGCAGAAAGAGGAAUCCGAGAAGACCAUUUCCGAUUUACUUGGAACUCCUUUCAAGCUCGUUCUAAACCCCAACGAAAUCUGGGCUUACAACGACGAUACCAGCAGCUUUCGUGCAGGGAGCGUAAUGACUGGAUACGUCGAUGGUUUCAUCUCCUGCCUCAAACGCUUCAUCGAAAAGUACGAAGAUGAGGGUAAAACCCAUUUCAACUCCGCCGUGACCGAGUCGGAACUCAAAGUCGGUGUCAACCCUCUCGGAGACAAGGCUCCCACCAUCGACUGCGCAGUGAAGGAUGGUGUUUUUUGGAUCUUAUUCCAUCACACUUCUCUCGGAUACAACCAAGACUACAUCUACGAUAACAUUGUUGCCGCUAUCGAGGCUGCACCACGGGAAGGGAUGUCACUUCGAGCGAAGCACUCCAUUGCUGAGGAUUGGGAAGAGAAGAUCGAUGAUUUGAAAGAGGAGCUCAUCGGUACUACGGGUAUUUCUGAUCUUAUUCUUGAUCCCAAUUUCGAGGAGAACUACAAGGUCCUGAAGGCGGAUAAGUCAGACGAUGGUUGGGAGGAAAAGUUUGGGAUGGCAACGUUUGAGUACUUUGAAUACUUCAGGGAUAACCUUGUCCGACAAGGUUUCAAAGGGGAUGAUAUGUUACAAGAGGGCUUGGCGGAUGCUUUGACGUCGAAGAAGUUCAUACUACGGGUGGUGCCUAAAAUUACGGCUUCCUAUAAUGAAGUCGUCCUUGACGACGGGGCAGCUUGUAUGCAGACUACCUCUGAUAAUUGGUGGGUGAAUGUUAGCCAAGUUGGAGAAGGGUUUAUCAACCUGCUGUAAUUCGUAUCUACCAGUUUCAUUUAGCGACUGAUAUGGUACUUUUCCUUUUGCC